AUGAUCGGCUAUCAAUUCAGUGAUACUGGCAUCAUUUAUACUGCACUACAUACCGCGGGUUCCUCCGUAGGCAGUGAAGGAAACAAAAGCCUCGCGAUGGUUGGAGAUGCAGUCUUGAGGCUUGUUCUGGUAGUGCAUGGAUACAGUAAACGUAUUUCCAGAGGUGAAAUCAACAAUGCCCUCUCCACAAUAGGAAGCCAAACCUUGCUUGCUCGGGCAGGCUUUGACAACGGAUUAGAGGCAUACAUUGAAACGAACCCGUCCCAAGGGGAAUUCAUCUCUGACCGCGUGAUGGCCACCACGGUCGAAGCCAUUAUCGGGGCCGUCUAUAUCGACAGCAAGCAGGAUACGGCCGCUGUGGAGCGAACAAUGGCGGCUUUUGGUCUAUCAUGA